AUGUUCCGUUAUAUUUUGGAUUAUGUUUUUCAUCCAUUCAUUCAUCUAUCUAUCUAUCUAUCUAUCUAUCUAUCUAUCUAUCUAUCUAUCUAUCUAUCUAUCUAUCUAUCUCAGCCUAUUCAUAUCUAUCUAUCUAUCUAUCUAUCUAUCUAUCUAUCUAUCUAUCUAUCUAUGUUAGCAUUUCUCCCUCUUUCUCUAUCUCUGCCUGUUCAUAUCUAUCAGACUGUUCAUAUCUAUCUAUCUAUCUAUCUAUCUAUCUAUCUAUCUAUCUAUCUAUCUAUCUAUCUAUCUAAGUUUCUUCAUAUCUAUCUAUCUAUCUAUCUAUCUAUCUAUCUAUCUAUCUAUCUAUCUAUCUAUCUUAAAUUCGGAAUUGUCAAGAUCUAUUACUUCCUUGGAGGAAAAAUCAUUAUUGUUAUAAAUAAGAAUAUAAUCAAUUCAUCUCUUAUUAUUACUCCCCUUGGAUUUCCAAUAAAUUUAUUUCUUCUUGAGACUAAAAACAAGACUCACAGUCGCCACAAAUCUGUAAACAUUAAAGCCAUACUCAUCGAUACUAAGCACAUAGCAGGAUAA